CAGUCCCAUUCCCUCACACGGCUCUCUUUCCCCUCAUCGUCCCCGUGUACAGAUCUCUACAUAACUCACAUCUUGCACGAGCCAACCUAAACACAAGCUCUUGAGAGAAAGCAAUCUCAAUCCACCAUGAAGUACUUUCGUGCACUUCACCCUCAUGCAACUGAGAAACCGACAGCUGAAGAUGAUCAAACCAAGCGUGUCGACGAUCCGUCGUGCGUCUGCCACUUCAGAUAUCCCAUCCGUUUCCCCAAGCUCGAAGCCGUUGUAUGCGGUCCGGAGACAGGCCAGAUCCGCGAGCUGCACCAGAGCGAAACCCAGCUAGACGUGGCCUUCGAUGCGGUCGGCAGCCGAAUGCUCAUCAACGAGCACCACCCCAACCCCGUCAACCGCUGCAUGUCGGUCGACGUCAGCCUGAUCCUCAAAGCCAAGUACGUGCAGUUCGUGAACCUCGAAGGUCUCUCCGACCACUCCCUGCUCCUCACCUUGCGGAUCGGACGCACUGCCUCGGCCGUGAGGGGCAACAAGAUGAUCAUGAAGGAGAAAGUGCGCGGCUUCUUCGAGUGUCCGCCCUACAUGCGCCUGUUCGAGGAUCUGUACGAGUGCCGCUGGCCGGAGAAGUUCAUCCAGAUCCGACUGCCCGAGAAACGAUGCAAGCGUUGGAAGACGGUGGCGCUGAUCCUCAAGGCGUUCAACCAGAUCACCUCCGAGAACUAUUGUCAGAUGGCGGGGAUGAUGAUGACGCCUCGUGUCGGGGGCUUGGAUGUGCGCGCCAUCCAGGGGGAGAUCAAAGCCAGGAAGGAGAAGGGCAAGGGAUCAAAUAAGGUCCGCCGUCAGGAGCCUGUCUCGGCGAAGUACAAAGUUGCAGUGAGCGACGCGGACAAGAUUGAGCGCGUGAAUCAGGCAUACGCGGUGCAUCUCAUGGCCUUCAUCAAUUCCUCCCCGUUCACUCCGCGCGAGUAUAUCGACAGGCUCUCUUGACUGCUGCCUAGCUCUGCGGCCGAGACUGUGUGCUGCGCAUCACCUUCGACUUCGAUCUAGCAGUGAGAAGGAGGACAUAUGAAGAGGAUGAAGGGAUUGUGACUAUUACAGCCUGUGGUGCCAAUGGGCUCUCACCACAACCUAUCUUCGGGGUUAGCGAGAAAGUACGGACUCAGCAUAUGCAUAUGAUGCUCGAGAAUGAGGGUCACUUGGGGCAUCGAGGUCUUCGUUUCGGUCUUUGCAUCAGCGUUGGGCGCAGGUAUUUAGGGAGGAAACGCAUUAUGUCUUUUCAUUUCGGAUAAUUCUUCCAUGAUGUGGAAUGUUAAUAUCUAAUGAG